CUCCCGGUCCCCGCCUCGGCCCCGGGCUCCGAAGCGGCUCGGGGGCGCCCUUUCGGUCAGUGUCGUCGUCUACCCCCCUCCCCAGCCCCAGCCCCUGGGGACCCAGGCUCGCCAGCGCCCAGCCAGGGAGCCGGCCGGGAAGCGCGAUGGGGGCCCCUUCCGCCCUGCCCCUGCUCCUGCUUUUCGCCAGCUGCUGGGCGCCCGGCGGGGCCAACCUCUCCCAGGACGGCUACUGGCAAGAGCAGAAUUUGGAGCUGGGGACUCUGGCUCCACUCGAAGAGGCCAUGAGCUCCACAGCCUGGAGCAACCCUGACAUGCUGGCCAGUCAAGACAGUCAGCCCUGGACAUCUGAUGAGACAGUGGUGGCUGGUGGCACCGUGGUGCUCAAGUGCCAAGUCAAAGAUCAUGAGGAUUCAUCCCUGCAAUGGUCUAACCCUGCCCAGCAGACUCUCUACUUUGGGGAGAAGAGAGCCCUUCGAGAUAAUCGGAUUCAGCUGGUUAGAUCUACGCCCCAUGAGCUCAGCAUCAGCAUCAGCAACGUGGCCCUGGCAGACGAGGGUGAAUACACUUGCUCCAUCUUCACUAUGCCCGUGAGAACUGCCAAGUCCCUCGUCACCGUGCUCGGAAUCCCACAGAAGCCCAUAAUCACUGGCUACAAGUCAUCGUUACGGGAAAAGGAUACAACUACCCUAAACUGUCAGUCUUCUGGGAGCAAACCUGCAGCCCAGCUCACCUGGAGGAAGGGUGACCAAGAGCUUCAUGGGGAACCAACCCGAAUACAGGAAGAUCCCAAUGGCAAAACCUUCACCGUGAGCAGCUCAGUCACCUUCCAGGUCACCCGGGAGGACGAUGGGGCAGACAUUGUAUGCUCUGUGAACCACGAAUCUCUAAAGGGAGCUGACAGAUCCACCACUCAACGCAUUGAAGUUUUAUACACACCAACAGCGAAGAUUAGGCCAGACCCUCCGCAUCCCCGCGAGGGCCAGAAGCUGUUGCUCCACUGCGAGGGGCGUGGCAAUCCUGCCCCCCAGCAGUACCUAUGGGAGAAGGAGGGCAGUGUGCCACCGCUAAAGAUGACCCAGGAGAGCGCCCUGAUCUUCCCCUUCCUCAACAAGAGUGACAGCGGUACCUAUGGCUGCACAGCCACCAGCAACAUGGGCAGCUACAAGGCUUACUACACUCUCAAUGUGAACGAUCCCAGUCCAGUGCCCUCAUCCUCCAGCACCUACCACGCCAUCAUUGGUGGGAUCGUAGCUUUCAUCGUCUUCCUGCUGCUCAUCCUGCUCAUCUUCCUUGGCCACUACUUGAUCCGGCACAAAGGAACCUACUUGACACACGAGGCGAAAGGCUCUGACGACGCCCCAGAUGCGGACACAGCCAUCAUCAACGCAGAAGGCGGGCAGUCGGGCGGGGACGACAAGAAGGAAUAUUUCAUCUAGGGGCAGCCCCCCAGGGACCCCGUGGGGACUGCUGGGGUCAUCACCAACCUGGACUUGUACAGAGCGACCCCAGGGCUGCCCCUCCCGCUUGCUCCCCAGCCCCCCCCCGCCACCCCCCUGUACAGAAUGUCUGCUUUGGGUGCGGUUUUGUACUCGGUUUGGAAUGGGGAGGGAGGAGGGCGGGGGGAGGGAGGGUUGCCCUCAGCCCUUUCCGUGGCUUCUCUGCGUUUGGGUUAUUAUUAUUUUUGUAACAAUCCCAAAUCAAAUCCGUCUCCAGGCUGGAGGGGCAGGGGUCCUGGGGUGAGGAAAGCAAACAACAAAAAAAACAAAAACAAAAUAAAAAAAAACCCAGAGUGUUAGGAGGAGAAUGAGGAAAGGGUAAGGGCAGGAAAGAAGUGGGGUCAGUUUGGUGGGGGGCUCUCACCAGCCCUCCAUCUUCUGCAGCAGGGGCUCUUCCCGGACUUCUCCAGGGACGGGGAGGUUGUGACCAGGAGCUGGAGGUGGCUUUUCCUCUGUUAGUCGCACACCUUGAGCUCUGGACACAGGAGCAGGUACCAUCUGACACCCCUUCUCCACCCCAACAGGAAAGGAGUGAAUGGGGGUCCCUGAGGGGAUGUGACCUGCAGGUGGCAUGCAGCCACACAUGCGGGGGCCCAGGGCUUCCCCAUGGGGGACGACACAGGUCCUUGCAGGAGGGGCAGAUUUGGAGAGGAAGGAUGGCGGAGAUGGCCCCCCCACGAUGAACGAAGCCAGGCCCUUUUCCCAGGAACCGCCCUUGGGGGGUGGAUAGCAGAGCAAGGCUGCCCCUCCUUGCUCCAGCAGCUGUGGGAGAGGCACUGCUCUGGGCCCUAAACUGCAUCCGCUUCCCCGGCGAGGGUCCCUUCACUCUCACCCGAGCCCCUGGCCUGUUGCACGUCAACCACUCAUCUUAUGGCAUUGCUCAGCAACUCCUCCUCCCCGUCUUGUGCUGCCCUGUGCCCCUUCCUGUUCCCGAAGCUGUCCCUUAGUCCUCCCUCCCUCCCUCAGCAGCCAGGCAGACAUAACAACAAAAAUACUAAAAGGAGCUUCACUGCACUGAGCUGUUUCCUGCCCAAACGAAGGGAAUAAUGUGAGUGCGUGUCUGUGUGUGUCUGUGCACAUAUGUGUGUGAGUGAGAGGCAGAGGGGCUCCUGGGCAUGUGGGCAGGCUGUGGGAGGAGGGCUCCUGUAAAGGAGGGCUUUGGGAGCUGAUGGUCCCUAGGCAGGCUGUGUACCUCACCUGGGAUGUUGCUCCAUCCUGGUAUUUUCCAUGCCGUCCCCAGCGCCCAUCUGUCAUGGAGAAAACAGUCCCAGGGUGUAUUUUUGCUUAGUCGUCCACCUCAUCUCUCCCUAAAACACAGGGCAUUCAACCCCCGCCUCCAUUUCCCCUCUCAGAGCCAUGGAGUCAGUGCCACAGCCUUUGCUAUGCAUCUCCCAGGCCUCUCCCUGGCGCUGACCCUGGAAUGACCACUGUCACUUCUUGUUCCCAUAGUCUGUACCCGGUGCGUUGAGGGCUGGGAGGGAUGCUGCCUGUCUCCUUCCCAUCUCCACCCCUGCUUUUGAUUUUCUGUCUUCCUUGUGGCCGAGCUGGUUGCCGUGGAGACGAGACUGCUCGCCCUCCCCGCCAGCCGGCUGCCCUGCCUCAGACCCAGGGUGCCCCUGGGCACUGCUCUGCCCCUCCUCCAGCAUGUCCUCCUGCCCUGACAACCCAGGGGCGUGCGAAGUGGGGGCAGCUGCAGCCAGCAGAUCUGCCACCCCUUUCCGUUCAGGUAAUACCGUUGUCAAUCUUCCAGCCGCUGGUUAGAGCCCGGGGUCCCCUCCUCUUACAGCAGCAAGGCAGCCUAGGGCCCCAGGCCUGUGGGCUCCCUGCCUCCCAGCACCCGCUUUUGGGAAAAUGACUUUUCCUCUUCGAGCUGAACCACUCUUGUCCAUAUUACACAGAAGCCAUAU